AUGUCUCCCGGUCAAAGCAUUAACGAUAAUUUUUCGAACCAAGCGACGAAUUCAAUUAUGAAUUCCUACAUAGUAAAUGUGGGAGAACAAACUUUUCGUCUAUAUCGAUCUUCAAUUACCUUUGACUCACCAAAUUUUUUUUCUCAAACAUUUCUCCGUGAAGAAGAUGCAGAAACGAACAAUACUGUUGAAGCAAACUCGUCCGUUAGCGGUCCGGACGGCCCCGGAAAAGACAAUGAUUCGUCCGCUGUCAUUGAGACUAAAGGAAAAUCAGGCACUCAUACACAAAACUAUUUCUCGUCAGACUCUUCUGUUACAAUUGACAGAGAUCCUAAGCUAUUUGAAAUCAUUUUGAGAUAUCUUCGAGGCUAUAAUAUAUUUCCGCUUUCUUCAGUCAACUUACCACCAGGAAUGUCCCUUGACCUCUUUCGAGAAAGUUUAUUAGAGGACGCACGGUUUUAUCGUUUAGACCGGCUCGCACAACUUCUUCAGGCCGAAACACCUACACCGUUAUGUUAUAAAGAUCCGUUUACUUCAGCAGAUAAGAUCCUUUUAUCCCUCCGCGAUGUACCAAUUCACAAAGAUUUCAUCAAAUCCAAACUUGAUGGAUCAUCUACUAUUGAAUUCUUUACCGGAGCAGUGCUUACUAUCGAACUAGAGUCAUCAGAUGCUUCUAUACGGUUUCAUACAAAAUUUUUAAACGAACAAGAUCAAAAAGCUUUGGAAACAUUGGGAGAGAUUUGUGGAGAAAACUCACAAAUUCAAUUUUCAAGACAACUUUACGCCAACAUGCAAGAUACGUUGAAUGGCAUACGAUUAGAAAUUGAUGGGGUGCAGGUCACUGGUAUGGACAUUUCUUCUAUAGAAGCUUAUAAUCAGAGUAAUCAAAGGGUCAAGGCGUUAGAAGACAUGUUUAGGAUUUCUGGAGGUCAACGUUUAGUCAUAUAUGCGCAAGAGUUUGUUUUUAGACUGGAUCGAAUUAAAUCCUCGACUAUUGAUGGCAAUCAAAUAAGUUCAGACACUAUUAAUAGUAAUAAGAACUGUGAGGAUCCUGUUAAUUUCAAUGGCGUGAUCCCUUCAGACAGCAAUGGAAUGGAAGUAACUGUCAAAGAGAGACAAGAAUACAUUGAACGUCCUGACGACGAUACCAAUAGAUCAAAUAUAGUCGAAGUGGAUGAUCGCAGUCAUUGUGAAGAGAGUAACAUUAAUAGCGUAACGAUCGAAAACAAUAACAACAAUAAUGCAGACGAAGGUAAUAUGGUGUAUCUUGGCGUUGUAUGGGCUAAAGGUUGGACACAAGAAUGGUGGGCAUGGAAUGAGUACAGAAUGAAAUUAGAUGCUCUUCAAUAA